AUGAACAAGCAGAUUGCCGCUGGUCGCAAGCCCGCCGACCCUGUUCCCGUGGGUACUACGUCGCCGGGCGGCACUUCCUUUGAAGCCCCCCGUGACGUGCCAUCCUGUGUGCGCCGUGGUUCUGAUCGGGUAGCGUCAACAUGCACCGUUGACGACGACACCUUCCUCAACGAGGAGGACGAGUCCGACUAUAACGAGUACGGUAUUGGCACGGACGACGACGACGACUCGGGUGACAAGGAAGACAAGGGCAUGUCCGACGAUGACGACGAGGCGGAGGGCGACGACGACGAGGUUCCGGAGGAAGCGCAGCCCGAGAUACAUGCUGGUCGUCAUGGCCAUUCCAAUCCCGCAAGCGGGAUUAAGACCGCCGCCAAGGGUGGUGAUCCCCCCCGCCGUGCGCCGAAGACCCGCGAUCAGAUCCCUGUCAAGCGGAGCUGCUGGUCUCAGCGGGAGAAUGCGAUCUUCGUCGCCGCGCGCUGGUUCACGAAGGAUGAAGUCGAGCCACUCAUCGAGAAGCAGGGCUCUCAGUACUGGGCCCGCCUUGUGCUUUGCAUCGAGAAGGAGAACCCCGACAGGGAGCGCGACGUUAAUGCCGAAGCACUGGCGCAACCUCGUGAGCAUCUACAAGCAGUUGAAGAAGGGGGAGAAGGCGUCGGGGAAAGUACCCCUACAUCCAACCGUCCUCGCGUUGCAGAGACGGCCAUCAUGGCAGAAGCCAAGCUGGUCUGUUUCACCAUCAAGGGGUGCCACGUUGACGCGAUGUCCAAGCUUCAGGGCCUCGUGCGCGCCUGGAUGCAGCAGGAUGAGCUGCUUGCAAGCGAGCGCAUGCAACAGACCGCCCCAGCUCCACCACCGCGUUAUGACGUUCUCGAGGGGGCGGCCGCCCAGCCCGCGACAGCCGGCGCCGAAGGGGCCGACGACGGAUGGUACCGUCACGCACAACCAACAGAUGGUACCACUAACCAAAAUGCGGGCGAGGAGGAGGUGUGGGUUCGCGGCGUCGACAAGUAA